UAAAGGGCCCAGCUUGGGUCCGGGCAGGACAGGACUGGCGGCGCCCCCCGGCGGGGCCGGAGUCCAAGGUUGAGCGCUCGGGGGCCCAGGAGCCGCGGGGGACCUGCGGGGUGGCCGCUGUGCCCUCCUUCCGAGCGCCCGAAGUCCCCCGCUCCUCCCCGGCCUUCCUGCUCCUCCUCCCUCCCCUCUGCCUCGUUCCCUCCCUCCCUCCUGCCGUCCGUCCCCCUCCUGCUCAGCUCCUCCACUGCCGCGGCUCCGCCACCUGAAGGGACAGACGCGGGCCGGGGCCGGGACAGGCGGCGGCGGGGAGGGACGGCCAGUCCAGCGGCGGCCUCCGCAUGGCCCCGCCGUGAGACACCGGACCCAGCGGCGGGGACUGGGAGCGGUGUACUGGAGUCCCAGGAGCUGUCAGGACAGGGUGGAAGCAGUGUCUGCCAUGGAUGAAUACAAGCUUCCAUCUGCACUGUCUGAAGAGGACAGUGCCACCUGGGGCCCCAGCCUGGAGCCUGAGGAGGAGCCUGGGGCCCAGAAUGGAAUGGCAGCCAGUGAGGGUCUGAGCAGCCUCCUCAGCAGCCCAGCGCAUGAGAAAAAGGACACCCUGUUGGACCCUGAGGAGUCCACAGAGGCCCAAGGUGAGGCCCUCACCGGCCUCAGCCUCAGCUUUUCCCUCACCAAUGGCCUAACCCUGGGACCAGAGACAAACAUUCUGGAAAAUUCAACAGAGUCCAGUUCCUGGAGGGCUUGUGCACUGGCAGAGGGGGAUGAUGUCUCCAGCAGGCUCUGUCCAGACACUGAGGACCCUCAGCUGGGGCUGGAUGGCCCUGGGGAGCCAGAUGUGCGGGACGGCUUCAGUGCCACGUUUGAGAAGAUUCUGGAGUCAGAGCUGCUGCACGGCACCCAGUACAGCAGCCUGGACUCCUUGGACGUACUGAGCCUCACUGAUGAGAGUGACAGCUGUGUCAGCUUCGAGGCCCCACUCACUCCCCUCAUCCAGCAGCGGGCCCGGGAUAGCCCCGAGCCAGGGGCUGGGCUGGGCACUGGAGACCUGGGGCCUGAGGGAGACCUGGGGGCAGCUGGAGGUGAGCAGGAGCUGGGCAGCCCCCUGCGAUGCUCCAUCUCUAGCAGCCGCUCAGAGAAUGUCCUGAGCCGCUUGUCUCUUAUGACCAUGCCCAAUGGAUUUCAUGAGGAUGGGCCCCAGGGCUCAGGGGGGGACGAGGACGAUGAUGACGAGGACACGGACAAAUUGCUGAACUCAGCCAGUGAUCCCAGCCUGAAGGAUGGCCUGUCGGACUCGGACUCAGAGCUGAGCAGCUCAGAGGGGCUGGAGCCUGGCAACACAGACCCUCUGGCCAAUGGGUGCCAGGGCGUCAAUGAAGCUGCUCGACGGCUGGCCCGCCGCCUCUACCACCUUGAAGGCUUCCAGCGCUGUGACGUGGCCCGGCAGCUAGGCAAGAACAAUGAGUUCAGCAGGCUGGUGGCUGGCGAGUACCUCAGUUUCUUUGACUUCUCCGGCCUCACUUUGGACCGAGCGCUCAGAACCUUCCUGAAGGCCUUUCCGCUGAUGGGGGAGACGCAGGAGCGUGAGCGGGUCCUUACACAUUUCUCCCACCGGUACUGCCAGUGCAACCCUGAUGACAGCACCUCAGAAGAUGGGAUCCACACGCUCACUUGUGCCCUGAUGCUGCUCAACACGGACCUGCACGGACAUAACAUUGGCAAGAAGAUGUCCUGUCAGCAGUUCAUUGCCAACCUGGACCAGCUGAAUGAUGGCCAAGACUUUUCCAAAGACCUCCUGAAGACCCUUUACAACUCCAUCAAGAAUGAAAAGCUGGAAUGGGCUAUUGAUGAGGAUGAGCUGAGGAAAUCCCUGUCUGAGCUGGUGGAUGACAAGUUUGGGACAGGCACAAAGAAGGUGACACGGAUCCUCGAUGGUGGCAACCCCUUCCUGGAUGUCCCUCAGGCUCUCAGUGCUACCACCUACAAGCAUGGUGUGCUGACUCGGAAGACUCAUGCUGACAUGGAUGGCAAGAGGACACCCCGUGGGAAGCGUGGCUGGAAGAAAUUCUACGCGGUGCUCAAGGGGACCAUCCUGUACCUGCAGAAGGAUGAGUACAGGCCUGACAAAGCUCUGUCAGAGGGUGACCUGAAGAAUGCCAUUCGGGUGCAUCAUGCUCUGGCCACCAAGGCCUCUGACUACAGCAAGAAGUCCAAUGUGCUCAAGCUGAAGACUGCUGACUGGAGGGUCUUCCUCUUCCAGGCCCCGAGCAAGGAAGAAAUGCUGUCCUGGAUCCUGAGGAUCAACCUGGUGGCUACCAUCUUUUCAGCCCCAGCCUUCCCAGCUGCUGUCAACUCCAUGAAGAAGUUCUGUCGGCCCCUGCUGCCCUCCUGCGCCACUCGUCUUUGCCAGGGUUUGUCUUUGCAGGAGGAGCAGUUGCGGUCUCAUGAGAAUAAGUUGAGGCAGGUGACUGCCGAGCUGGCCGAGCACAGGUGUCACCCAGUGGAGAGGGGCCUCAAGUCCAAGGAGGCGGAGGAGUACCGGCUGAAGGAGCACUAUCUCACGUUUGAGAAAAGUCGUUAUGAGACCUACAUCCAUCUUCUGGCUGUGAAAAUCAAAGUGGGCUCAGAUGAUCUGGAGCGGAUUGAGGCUCGCCUGGCCACCCUAGAAGGGGAUGAUCCUUCUCUCCGGAAGACACACUCGAGCCCUGCCCUCAGCCAGGGGCAUGGGCCUAUGACUUGCAGCAAAGCCACUGGGGCUGAUACUUAACCAGUGUGAAUGUGCAGGCAAAUGCCCCCAGAGGGGUCACUGAGCACAAUCCUGGCCAGUGGCUGCUCAGACCAAGUUCUAGGCAGUUGACAGGCAACCAGAGGGGUGUGGAGAGCCCUGUGGGCCAAGGAGAUGGAGAUGCUACUCAUGGCUUUGGGCUUCUUUCAUCCUGGGCCAUCGCUGGCCAUGACUCUCUCCCCAGCCCUCAUUGCCUGCCCCACAUGGGGCCUCACUUUGUAGGCCAGGGCAUGAAUGCUCUAGCACCUUCUCACUGGAGAGACUGGGAGGACUGCUGCUUCCCCAGGCCCCUCUUCUGGCUGAGCUCCUCCCUCAUCCCAUGUUUGUGAGGGUGGGCCUGGACUCUGGAGCUCAGCUUGGACCCCUUGUCCCUUUUUCCUCCUCCAUCCUCUGAAUUGACCAGCCACAGGUCCGUGGACCACCAGCACUGUCCUUUCCUCCUCCUCCCAGCCACCUCUGCAGGCUGGCGCAGUUCUCCUUCCUCACAUGACAAUAACCCAGGAUGUGGGCUGCCUCAGUGCCAAGCAGACUCUGCUCACGUGUGCACCCAGCUCUCCUCCCAUCCAUGGAGGCCACUACUGCCUCCAUUUUUAUAUAGACAUAAAUGUACAUAUAUAAAUAUAUAUAAAUUAUAUAUAGAGAAGGAACCCUUUUAAAGAUGGUUUUGGAACUGCUAUCAUCAGUUGGAGGAUGAAAUCAGAUGAAGGAAAAGCCUAUUUUGGAGCUCUGUGUGUCUGCCAGAAGGGCUGCCACGUGGCCCUCGGUGGCCCUCACACUCCAGGAGGGAAGAUGGAGAGAGUGCUGACUUCCCCCACCCUGUCUUUUCCCCUUCCGGCUGACCUGUGACUCACAACUGUUGUUCCAGUUGAUGGUUUUGGACUAAACAGACAAGACAUGUGUGUGCCAUCCCCUCUGUUGUAAGGGUGUCCUGGGGGUGAAUGGGGUGGGACCAUGGCCCUGUUGGUACUUAAGUCUUUAUGUUGGUGCUGCCAGGUCUCUGAGCUCCAGAGGUAGCCUCUUGUACAGAUCAACUUCGCAGGAAUAAAAGACACUCCACCUUGCAGAAAGCCACCUGUCAACAGCCCAAAGAUGUGUGAUGGAGGAAGGUUCUGGAAGCCAUUAGUUCUUGGUCUUAGGAAAAGGUGGAAUGACAAGUUGCUGAUUGUUGAUGUUUCUUUCAUUUUCCUAGGGAAUAAAAAAGGCUUAGCUAAGGAUAUAUGUGGGAAGAAUAGAGACAUUUACUACAUUCCCACCAGAAAAUUAAACCUGUAUUCCUCAGACCAACAAGUGGAUGGGGUGAAGGCACCCUUCUUCCUAAUGUUUAAAUAGAUUCUGUAGUUUGGCCAGCAGUUUGACCUCUGUGGUAACAUAUUUAGUUAAUAAGAUAAGCCAACCUUGAAACUAAGUACUUAACAUUUACAAGCCCACUCACAUUUGAUGCAGGAACAUGUGACUAGGUGGAGAGAUGUAGUGAUUUAAAUCCACAUUAUUUAACUUGGAUGAGCGGAAGUGUUUUAUAACCAAACCAUCUGGUCCUUUCAUUUUGCUCAAGGGAAGUCAAUGUUCAUUUAAAUGGAAUUGAAAAGGCAAUAUGACAACAUAAAAAACCUCACUGUAUUUCUCCACACUGCCUCCAAGGUUCUUUGAUUUUUGGUCCAUAUCCCUCCUACCACUUCAUGAGGGUGAGUGCUAACAACAGAGCGUGAGCUCUGUCAGCUUCAAACAGAUGUGCUUCCCUGAGCACUAGCUGUGCCUCCCAUCAGUAAAGAAAAUUUUAGUUAGCCUCCUUAAUUGUAUAGUAAUUUAUUUGUAAAUUAUAUACAUGUACUACUGUACUAAAAUACUAUGUACAUAUAAAACAUACACAAAAAAUAGAAAUUUUAAAAAAGAGGAGAUGAAAAUAAAUCUAAAUCAAAGUUCUA